UAAUUUUUAAGCAUAAUUUUUUUGCAAACCACUGCGAAAUUUCUUAGUCAAUAAACGAACUGGGCGGCGCGCCAAAGUCAAUUGAAAGCAGCGCCAUAUAGUUUCACCACAAAGUGUUCAAUUUGUUGUUGCAAAAAAAUUAAACGCGAAUGCGGCAAAAAAACAAAAAAUAAUUCAAAACGAAAUCGCAGAAAUUCCAAAGCAAAUAAUCAAAAUUUAAACGGCGAAAAUCACAGAAAAACCAAACGAAAUUUACAUAAAGCAUUUCUAAAGUGUUUAACGAAUUAGAAUUAGUUAGUUUAGGCAAAAAGUAAACUUCCAGUAAACCCCAAACCCCCGACAAGGGUGGAAAACCGUGUGAAAAUCUCUGUGUGUGUUGAGUGUGUCUCUGUGUGUGUGUAUAAAAAAGGGAAAAAAUUGGUGCGUCUGUGUGUGAAAAAGCGAAAUAUGUCUGAGCAACAAUUUAAGGCUGUUCCUGUUCUCAAGCCCGGCUCAAAUCCAGUUUUGUGCGCAGCGGCUUCGUCUCAGGAUUGAAAUUGUAUCGACAGCAACAACAAACAACAACAACUGCAGCAGCAGCGACAACAACAGCAAACUGCAAAUUGCUUUGGGCCCUUUCCUUGUACCCGCCCCGCCUCCGCUGGCCGCUCGUCAAGGUGGUUAUUCCUGUUUGACUUCAUUUUCACUGGCUGCCAAAUUGCUGCUACUUUCGCCGCAAAAAAAAAAAAAACAACAAACCAAAUAUUUUUUGGGCCUGUCAAAAUGUCGACGCGUUCGCAAUUAACCAAGGACCUCAAUGAAAGCGUCAAGUCCAUACUGGGUCGGCACACAAAGAUCUUGGUCAAGUAUAUGGUUAAAUUGGAAACGAAAGGCGAUAAAACAGAGAAUCGUGUCUUGGUUUUUACGCCCGUUCGCGUUUAUUUGCUCAGUGCCAAGGUGCCCACCAAGAUUGAAUGCCAUUUUCAUUAUUUGGACAUUGUUGGCGUCGAGAGUAAAAAGUCAACACAUUUCUCAAUAAUCACCAGCGAUCGGCCAUAUUCGUUUGCCACAACCGGCGAUGCGGGCAAUUUCAGCUCGAACGCUGAUGUCAUCUUAACCGAUUUAGCCUCGGCCAUUAAGCAAAUAUUUCCAACAGUUCCUCUCAAAUACAUCAUUAAAAAGAUCGACAUCCAACCACCGGAACGGGAGACCAUAUUCUCGGAGGAAUUUCGACCCUCGGAUCCGCGCAAUGUGGGCCCGUGCGGCGGUUUCAGUGCCCAAUAUGCCUGCAUGUGCGAUUUUCACGGGGUGCCCUAUCGCGAGGAGGUCGCCUGGGAUGUGGACACCAUCUACUUGUCACAUGACACACGCCUGCUCAAUCUGCGCGAUUUCGAUCACCUGGAACCCAAAGACUUGAUGGCCAUUGUUUCGGCUUUGGAGUAUAACACGUUUUUUCGUGGUCUAAAGGUUGCACACAUGCGUCUCUCGCACGAGACUCUGGAACGCAUCCUGCAUGUGCUCAGGCGCUCCAUGUGGCUGGAAGAGCUGCAUCUGGAGGCACUAGGUUUAAGAUGGGAUUUCUUGAGUAAGCUGUCGACAUCUGUGAUUUCGAACAACAGUCCAGCGAUACGUACCAUCGAUCUGAGUCACAACAUAAUCGAGGAUAAAGGCGCCAUACACCUUUCUGGUCCCAUAGCCAAGGUAUCGAAGGGUCUGUGCAAAUUGGCGCUCGCUCACUGCGGCCUCACCUCGAAGGGUGUCAAUCAGAUGUCGCAUUCCCUGUCGCUCAAUCAAAGUAUUUCCAAUUCGCUCACCUUUCUGGAUCUGAGUGGCAAUAGUCUCAAGGAUGACAUAACUAAUUUGCACAAUUUUCUGGCUCAACCCAAUGUCCUGGAGCAUCUGGAUCUGGCAUCGACUGAUAUUACGCUGGAAAAUCUAUUUGGAGCUCUGUUGCGCGGCUGUGCCACGCAUUUAUCACAUUUGAAUGUCUCGCACAAUUCGUUCAGCACGAAGAAGGGUAAGGAGAUACCGCCAUCGUUCAAGCAGUUCUUCACCAGCACCCUGAGCCUGAAGCAUCUCAACAUCGCCGGCUGCAAGCUGCCCAUGGAGGCGCUGAAGAAUCUGCUGUUGGGCCUUGCGUGCAAUGAGUCGACGGCUGGCCUGUAUCUCGAUCUCAGCAGCAAUACGCUGGGUGCCCAAGGCGCCCAUGUGCUCGAGUCCUGCAUACAUGGCGUGCGCGUCCUACAAAGUCUCGACAUCAGCGACAAUAAUUUGGAUGCAGAACUAGCAUCUGUGCUGACAGCCAUCUCAAAGAAUCCCUCGAUCCGUACGCUGCAUCUGUGCAGGAGUUUGACGGGCAUGAAGCCCAAGCAUAUACCCACCGUCAUGGACGCUUUGGUCAAUCUGAUACAAAAGGAUGAUUUUCCGCUCGAGGAGCUGGUGCUAUCCGAGAAUAAGCUAAAGCACGAUCUGCACGAUUUCAUCAAUGCCCUCGGCAGUAAUCAGAGCCUGCAAAAGCUGGACAUCAGUGGCAAUUAUAUGGGCGAUGUGGGCGCCCGUCUCCUGGCCAAGGCGUUGCAGAUUAACAAUCGCCUGCGCACCAUUUACCUGGACAAGAAUAGUGUCACGCUGCAGGGCUAUGCGGACAUUGUCUAUGCUUUGGAGCAUAAUCAUAGUAUGCGCACGAUACCCUUUCCCGUCUUUGAUAUAGCGCCGCAUCUGAAGAAUCAUCCAGAUAAAACGGAUGCGGUUAUGCGUAAAAUGCAGGAGCUGUUGCAACGCAACUGUAACGGCUUGAAGCGUGCCAAUGGCCAGGGAUUCAGGCUGCAACAUGGCUUUAUGCUCUCCUCGACGCAUCAGCUGGUGGACAAACUGGUCGCCGAGACACAGGACACCAUUUCGCUGGCCAAAGGUGGUGGCACCGAUAAUGUUUCCGCCGUGCAGCGACUCAUCACCGAUGCGGAGAAUUGCAAACAGUUGAUGCCCAAGCUGCAGGAGGCUGUGCGUAACGAUGGCCAUCCCAUCGAGAUGAAACUGACGCGUGUCGCCAGCGAACUGAGCUAUACGAUCAAAAGCUAUCUGGAGGAGACCCUGGAGACAAUGAUACGCACCGGUGUCGAACAGUGCCCCAAAACGCUGGGCAAUCAGAUUGUCAUCCAAGAUCUGCGCAAGGCGCUCAACGAUCGCCUCCAAAUACCCGAUGAUUUUCUGCAGAAUUGUCUGCUCAAUAAUGCCGGCAGUGAGAUUAUGAACAAAGUUGGUGAAAUUGAGCAAUCGCUGGCUGCUGCCAUUUCGGAUCGGGCCACAGACGAAGUGCUGGAAGCUUUGACCCGCUAUCGUCGCGGCCUUGGAAUAUCCGAGUCGCCAUCGGUGCUGUUAGACGAGCCGCAGACGCCGGACAUUGUGCGCAGUCGUUCCAGUCAUGAAGCUGAGGGCUUGAUCAUACGACCCGGUGGACGUGGCUCCAUUUUGCCCAAACUGGGCCAGGAAUCGCCCACUAAAUUGGAAUAUCUGAACCUUGCCACACCGCAUUUGCCAACGAAACGUCGCUCGGUUGCCCGCAAGGUGCGUCCCCAGUCUGUCGUGGAGAAUCUCAGCCUGAGUCACAUACCCGAUCUGCUGGAGUCACCUUCAUCGCAUCGGUCCAGCUCGCAGCUGUCGACGCGUGCCGCUGCCGUUGCCUUGGGCGCCUCGGGUGCCACAGCCAGCAGCAGUGUCCACAUGAGCGACAGCAUGGCGGCCAUUGAUGAUGGCGGCGUGGACGAGUGCUGUGACUCAAUUACGGAGCUGCCCAGUGCCUCGUUUCAACUGCAGCAUCUGGUCAAGGGUCGCCCGAAGCGGGCCAAGACGCGUGCACCGACCCGACCCCUGGUCAAUGCCGAAUGCGCCGCCUUCGCUGGCCGGGACAUUGGCGAUGGCCUCGAGCACUUCUUUCGACCCGGCUCAGUGACGCCCACAACGCUAACGCCUCUCGUCUCGCCCACAUCCGAGGAGUGCAGCUCGCUCUCGUUUGUCGACAGCCCGACGAUGAGUCGCGAUGGCAAUGGUCACAUGACCUCCGAGGAGACGACGCCCAUCCUCGAGGAGCGUCGACCCAUCAAAUUGGAGCGACAGUCGCCACUGCUCAAGAGCGCCUCGUGGGCAACACGUUCGCGCUCCACGGAUAAUCUGGAGAAGUAUUCACCGCUAGUGGGUCGCAAAUCGCCGCUGGUAAAGAUGCGCACCGAAAGCGGUCCGGGCAACAGCGAGGACGUUCCAGUGCCCAGCGGGGGUCUGCUGAAGGCGGGCACACGCGACGAGCGAAUGCGCUCGCCCAGCAGUGACUCCAUCAAGAGCCAUGCCACAGGCAUGGGCUCAGUGGCCGCCGUCGGCAACGAUGGCAGCUUGUUGGUCAAGACGAGCAACGGCAUUCUGCGCACACCCAUCGCUCUGCAGAAGCCGCGUCCCUGGUCCGUGGUGGGCAACGAACCCAAGGCAACCAAUGACCUGCUAACGGGAAAUGGCAGCGUUGACUCGAACAAAACAACACCCGAUAUGCUUGAAGAAGAUGUGGAAGUGGUGCCUUUUGGUCAAGGCGUUGGCGGUUCCAUUGUGGGUAUUACACCAGGCAUUGCUCUAUCCGCGGGCGGCGGUGGCAGCAUUGUUGGCAUUACGCCAGGCGCUGCACUGGAAAAGAAGUCGGUGCGGGAACUGGCCGCUGGUCUGAGUCGUCUGGACCUGCCCCUUAAGCCGCCCAUAAUGCCCAGAACCAUGUUGAGUCAGUCUGCAGUCAGUCGCAUGAGCACUGCCAGCAAUACCAGCAACAUCAGCAAUAUCAGCAACAGCAGCAACAACAGCAAUUCAACGACCACAACAAUGACUACAACGACAACAGUAUUAAACAAUCAGAUGCGCUCAAAGAUCAUCAGCACGAGCAGUGUAAACAGCGCGACCCAAGAAACGCUCAGCAAAACGAUCAUCACUGAGCAUGGCAGCAGUUCAAUUUCCAAUUCCAGCUCCAGUUCAAGCCGAAGUACAAAUAAUCAUCAUGCCAUGGCCUGUGCGAGUCUCAUCAGCAAUGAGAUCCUGAGCAUGCGCAACGCCCAGCGGACGACUUCCAAGGCGAACAGCUGUGCGGAGAGCAAUGUGAAGCGCAUUGCGGGCAAAGAGGUGUCAACGCUAUUUGAGGAGACAUUAGUUGAAGGCCUGCAGAGCAACUCGGCGAGACGCAUGUUUAGGGAGUCGACCUAUACGAAAGAGGAUGUCGUUGAUUUAUAAAUUGUCUAUUAUAAAUAUAUGCUCAACUCAACAUUCCUCACGCCCAAAACCCCCCAAUCCCCUCCCCAACAAAAGAAAGGAAAGAAAAAGAAAAGAAAAGAAAAAAAUUAGCAGACUUAAAGUUAAUAUGAUAAUAAUGAUAAAUGCUAAUGAUAAUUGAUAAUAUUGGUAUAAUGUGGAAAGGUUGCAACUAAUUCGUACUGAACUCUUUCAUUUAUGUGCAAUGGCGCGCGCGUGUUUUUUGUUUUUAACUCUUUGGCAAUAUUGAAUGAACGUGAUUUAUUUAUUUAUAUAUACUUUUUACCCAAAAUAACUUUUGCAUAUUUAUAAACAACAACAAACAACAAACAAACAAAAACAACCAACGUUUUUAUGUACUAGAUUUUUAUGUAUUUUAAAAUGAGUUAAGUGCCAAUUAUAUACAAGAAACAAAUCUAUUUUUCAAUUUAUCUAUUGAAUAGAAGUAACUAACGAAGAAGAGCGCAAUGAAUAUUAUGAUAUAUAUGUUUAUGUAUAAAUCGAUUGCGUGCAUAAAAACUACUUUAAUGGCCUAAACAAAUUAAAUAAAAACAAAAACAAAAUUAAAAAUCAAAUAUAAUAUUUUUUAUAACUGCUUCCAAACAAAAGAAAACUAUGUGUAUUUUUUAUUUUCAACAUUAUUUCCAUUUACUUAGUACUAUGUAUAUGUAAACGACAAUCUUUUUAUUUUUUGUUUUUAGUAUCUUUAUUUAAUUUUUACAAAGUUAACAAAUUAACGUUAAGCAACUAGGCAGAACAGAAAAACAUUUAAUAAAAUCGCAUUUAAUAAAUUACAGAAAAACUACAUUUGUCAAGAUUUACAUUUUUAAAACAAACAUUAUGAACACACACAUGUAGUUUGCACGUAAUGAUAAAAAUAAUGUUUAUGAAUAACAUUUAAACCCAGUCCACCACCACCGAACCACGAAUACACUUCAAUUUUAAAUAGUGUUGAACGAUUUUCCCAUAGCUGGCUCAAAUAUGUAGUUUGCCAUUUCAAAACCAAGACAACACAAACAAAACGAAUAAACGAAUGAUUGUAACGUGUUCAUUAAAGUUUAAGCACUCUUGCAAAUUUAUUGUAAUGUAUUGAAAU